AUGGAUACAAAUAAUUCACAGUUUACAAUGUCGGUGGAUAAUGCCACUACAUCGAGUGAGAAUGAAUCUACCGUUGUAGUCGGAGUUAUCGAAGCAGAGGUACACGAACCCAAGAGUGUAUUGAAUGUUCCCGAUGUAAAUGUAGAGUUCAACAGUCUCUUCUUCUCGGUGGCACCACUCAACAAGACACCACUGGAGAUACUGAAACAUAAUGCAUACACCGGCGCACUUGCAACUUCAACACUUCGUGGUUUAGCAUGGAGAAUAUUCUUAGGAUGUUUAAAUGUAGAUGCAAUUGAAAGAUGGCAACAAGAGAUAACUUUACAACGUUCACAUUACACAAAGCUAUUAGAAGAGCACUAUGUAGAUCCAAGAAAAGAGACUGCUGUAUUCGAUCCAUUAUCAAAUGAUGAAAAUUCACCAUGGAACAAAUUCUUUAGAAAUAGAGAGUUACAAAAGACAAUUACAUUAGACAUUGAGAGAACUUAUCCUGAUAAUGAAUUCUUUCAAAAUCAAACAACAAAAGAGGUAUGUUUUGUUUGUUUUUCUUGUUAUUCUGUUUGCUUUGCUUGCACUGAAUUUGAGGUCGAUAGGUUUAAGAAGAGUGACGACGCAGAGAAGAAUCCAACGUUGAUCGAUACAAUCUAUGAUAGGAACUUCUUGGAGCACGAUCUAUUCACCGUUUUCGAAGCUCUGAUGAAGCGUGCAUCCAAUUGGUUUGGUGUGACGCCAAAUCCAAAUGUAUCAUCACCUACAGCAACAGCCACAACCAAUAAUAGCAGCAAUAAUAAUAGUACAUCAACAACACCAAAUACAUCAUUUACAAACUUAUCAAAUUCAUUACAAUCAUCAUCGUCAACAUCAACAUCAACUUCUUCAAAUCCAAAUUCACAAACAUUAUCAUCUUUAACAACAUCAUUUAAUAUUUUAAACACAAAUGAAGAACAAAAGAAAGAAACAACACCUGUAGUUAUAAAUGAAGCAGUUCAGAAAUGUAAAAAUAUCAACAAAUUACUUAGACAAAAGGAUCCAGAGUUACAUGCACAUCUCGAAUCUCUUGGUAUCGAACCACAAAUCUAUUUAUUACGUUGGAUUAGAUUGUUAUUUGGAAGAGAAUUUCAUUUGGAAGAUGUAUUGAAAAUGUGGGAUUCAUUAUUUGCAUAUGGUGAAGAUUUAGUUUUAAUAGAUUUCGUAUCAAUUUCAAUGUUGGUUUAUAUUAGAGAACAAUUAUUACAAAAAGAUAAUAGUGGUGUAUUGAAAAGAUUGUUUAAAUAUCCACCGGUUGAAGAUAUUUAUUUGUUGAUCAACCAGGCCUUUAGAAUUAAAGAUAGUCACGGUCCAUUCAAUAUGAAUAAUAAUUAUAACUAUCAAAAGGCAUCGAGUAAGCAGCAGCAGCAACAUCAACAGAAGAAUGUGGCUGGUAAUGGAACAAGUGCAUUGCCAACUAGCCAUCAAUUUAAAUCACCGGAGCAACACGGAAAGAACAGUCCAUCGAAUAUAUUUACACCGUUUUCAGCGUUGUUGCAUGAUCCUCUUGGUACUAUUGCCAGUACCACUUCAAAGGUAGCAACGAGCAUCACCAGUACUUCACCUAAAGGAACUUCCAAUAAUUAUUCAUAUUCAUCGUCAACCUCUGCCUAUUCAUCGACUGCAACUACACCAAAUAUCGUUGGUGUCAGUCAGAGUCAGAGUGCGCCAACUACACCGAUGUCUGCACCGGUCACCACCACCACCACCACCACCACCGCUCCACCACCAAAGGUUAUCAGUUCGAGUGCCACCACUUCGAUCUAUGGAGAAUCGCUCUUUGCCAAACCAGCUACAACCGUAUCAACUAAUUCCUCCGAUCUCAAGAGUCGUUUGGUUAAUAUCAGUUCGAGCGACCUGUUCGAGUCGGCCAAGAAAGACAUGGAGCCACUCGGUUUCUUGACGACCUCUGUCAGUCUGUCAGCGGCACGCUCCAACUAUGAGAGCAAACGAUCGAGUGUUGCCGUCACCAAAGUAUCUACCAUAACACCAAAGGCAGCGAUCAAUCAAGAGAUCAAAAGACUACGUAACAUCCAGAAGUACAUCGGUAAUUCAUUAGGUGAUAUCGUACCGACUUUACAAGCUGGAUUUAGUGAAAAUCCAUCAUUGAUUAAUCAUGAUUCAUUGAUGUUGGCAGUUGCACAAGUAAAGCAAAUCAAGGAUAUGUUACUUGGUGAUCUUCCACUUCCAGAGAAUAUACCAGAUUACGAUGAAUUCGAUGCCGAUACAGAAGAUCCACUCAGUUCAAAUGAUACUAUUUAA